AUGCAUGAUCCAUUCCCCAUCCCACCAUCUCAAUGGCUUAGCCAGGCCGUUCAGCCUUUCGCUGACUAUUUCCACCUAACUACUCUACCUCUCCAUAUUCACGAAGUCCUCGGAUCUUUCCUAGCAUAUACUUUUAUCAACAAAGUGGUCGCACCUCAAGUUUCCGUGCGCCUUUUCCCCGAGAAGUACUCCAAAUUCUCGCCAGAACGAAAGCUCAACUGGGAUGUACAUGUGGUCUCACUAUGUCAGAGUUCUCUUAUCAACAUCCUCGCCUUAUGGGUUAUGUUCAUGGACGAGGAGCGCAAGGGUAUGACGGCACAGGAACGUGUUCAUGGAUAUACUGGAGCUGCCGGCAUGAUUCAGGGCCUAGCAACGGGCUACUUCCUCUGGGACUUGAUGAUUACCUUGCAGAAUCUCAGAGUCUUCGGAAUAGGAAUGUUGGCACACGCGACUAGUGCUCUCUUGGUUUUCUCAUUUGGUUUUAGACCGUUCGUCAAUUUCUAUGGAUGCACAUUUAUCCUUUACGAGCUAUCAUCGCCCUUCCUAAACUUCCAUUGGUUCUUCGACAAACUCGAUAUGACAGGAUCUAAGCCCCAACUUUACAAUGGAAUUGCGCUCCUUUUUACAUUCUUUUCCUGCCGACUUGUGUGGGGAACAUAUCAGUCACUUCGGGUUUACCAAGAUGUAUGGAGAUCAAUGCACAACCAGCCUAUAAGUUCCGCCUCUAUCAACAUUGAUGCUCUCUCAAACGGCACCGGCUCUGCAUUUGAUGCAGCAGCAGGCCACAGUGCUGCCCCGCUUCAGAACGAUAUUAUGCGCUUUGCAGACAACGAGUUUAUCCCCCUCUGGUUAGGGUUCACAUAUUUGGGAAGCAAUCUUGUGCUCAACACCCUGAACUUUUAUUGGUUCGGAAAAAUGAUUGAGGCUGUUAGAAAGAGGUUCCAGCCAGCCAAGGAAGGCAGACAGAAGGACAAAGCUAUUGCCACGAAGAGCACGGGUGCUAAUGGCAAAACUAAGAUUACUAUUGAGGACAGCGAGGUUCGUAGACGGAAAGCAUUGGACGACGAGGAACCCUUCUCGGCAGUUUCGUAG